UCCAUUAUAAACAUUUUCCUUUCUCAACUGAAACUAAUCCGAUUUUUCUAUUGACGAGACAGAGUGAGGGAGAGCUAGACUGGGCGAGUGAUGGGUGCUCUGGAUCAUCUCUCGGAGUUCUUCGAUUGCUCCCAUGUCGGUUCCAAGCACAGAAGGCGGAAGCAACUGCAGACGGUGGAGAUAAGGGUGAGGAUAGACUGCGAAGGAUGCGAGCGGAAGGUGAGGCGGGCGGUGGAGGGGAUGAAAGGUGUGAAGCAGGUGGAGGUGGAGCGCAAGCAGAACAAGCUGACCGUCGUGGGAUACGUGGAGCCGGCCAAGGUGGUGGCACGCGUCUGCCAUCGGACGGGCAAGAAGGCGGAGCUCUGGCCCUACGUGCCAUACGAAGUCGUCGCCCACCCCUACGCACCCGGGGUGUACGAUAAGAAGGCCCCCCCGGGGUACGUGCGGAACUCGUACGACCCACACGUGGCGCAGCUUGCGCGCGCCAGCUCAGCCGAAGUGCGGUACACCACGGCGUUCAGCGACGAGAACCCCAGCGCUUGUGCUAUCAUGUGAUCGCGCAUACGGGUAAAAAAAAUGAUAGGAGGGAGAUAUUGGGCACAUAAUUUGUAAUAGUGAUAUGACUUCAAAAUUAAAUAUUACUUGAUACCAUGAUUUUGAAAAUUAAAUUAGUGCAGAUCUGAAAAUGCCACCGAUCGAACUGAUGAUGAUGUCAUAAUAUAUUUGUAUAUAUUUAUAAUUAUAAUGAAAAAUAUAAAUUCAUAAUA